AUGAGGCAGUCAUUGCUGUCCUUCGUUCCAGCCCUGCUCUCCCUUGCGGGAGCCGCAGCGGCGCAGGGUCUGACCGAGUCGUCUCUGGAGACGCACGUUGACGCCAUCACGCUGUCGAGCAGCUUCAACCCCGUCAAGGAGGCUUACUGGACCGGCUACAAGCACCACCGUCGUACGCCUUUCGCAGUCUCUCCCAACGGCAAGACAGCCUACCUGGCCUUCCUCGACUCCUCUGAGACUGGUGUCCACGUUCAGCCUAUUGACCCCACCACCUUCAAGGCUACGGGCACCGUUGUGACCGUCGAUGGUGGAAAGGAGGCUGGUGGCCUCGUCGCUCAAGACGAUGGCUUUGCCCUGCUCACCAACGAGGCUAUGCCUUCUGGCACGACCAACGCGCCCCCAGACAGCACCCCAGUCCCUGUGCUGUACCGCUUCGACGCUUCCGGCACACAGAAGUGGAAGACCUGGUUGGGCGGCCCCGAUGUCGACAGCAGCGAGGGUCUCAUGGCGGCACCGGACAUGAACGGUGACCUUGUUUACUCCAACGCCACUGGCAGAUACGCUGCUUACACCGUCGUCACUGCUUACAGCGGCUCUGCCCAGGGCCACUUCGGCGACGCCAUCAACUACGUCGAGGACAGCACUGGUGACCGUGUCACCAUCGAGGGUGCCACCUCGGCAUGGGGAUGCAGCCACAACACCGGUAUUGCUCUCGAGGCCGCUGACGAGGCCCCCUAUGCCAGCAUCUGCGCUGAGGACCAGGGUGCUGUCUGGCUCAACUCCAAGGGCCAGGGUAUGAGCACUGUCGGAACCAAGAUCUCCAACGAGAACACCACCAACGGUGGUGGUGGUGAGUCCCUCGGUGGCAUGUCUGGUUCUUUCAGCAACCUUGCUCGAUUCCAGGGCAGCGACGCUUACAUCUUCGCCUGGGUCUCUCGUGGUGCCAAGGACGUGACCUUGAACGACUGGAUGGGAGACGGCUACACCCACGUCUCAAACCGCACCAACGGCCGCAACGUCGCCAUUGCCACCUUCAGCGACAAGUACACCAUGGUCGGCAAGCAGGCCACGAGCGAGGUUGGUGCCGCGUCCGGUGACGACCAGGUUAACUGGCUUACCACCGGCACGGCUGAUCAGAGCAACGCUCACGUCGCCACCUUUGACAAGACCAACGCCCUCGUCACCUGGGAGGAGAUUGCCGACCCCUUCUGCGAGUUCAUCGCCAUGGGAUGCCGCGGCAAGUUCACGGGCUCCAAGUUCCAGCUCGUCACCAACGAUGGCAGCGGCACUGUUGUUGGAGAGCCCAUCACCAGCACGGAUGUCACUGUCGCCGGUGAUCUGGUCACCAUGAGCGACGGCCGCAUCUGCUGGCCCUACGUCAGCAUGGACUGGGACCUCAGCUCCACCGUCGGCUACGGCGCUGCCAGCACCGUCACCAAGAUGAGCUUCGCCUGCAUCAGCCUCAGCGGCUCUGGCUCCUCUACCUCUGGCUCUAGUGCUUCUGCCAGCGCUGUUGCCUCUACCAGCGCUGUUGCCUCCUCGUCCGCUGCGGCCGUCGCAACGUCCAGCUCUGUUGCCUCUGUCGCUAGCUCCGCUCCUGCGACAACCAGCUCCGUUCCCGCCGUCGUCGCCGCUGCUGGUGGCGAUGACACCGACGCCUCCGUGCCCAGCUCCUCCGCCGUGCCAACCUCCUCUGCCGCCCCCGUGGCAGCUGAGCCGGCCGCCGAGCCCACCGCCAGCACUUCGACCGCCCAGUCCGUCAAGCCGCGCCCAACCAAGCGCCCGUGCCCCAAGAAGAGGCGCGAGGCUAUGCUGGCCGCCAUGAGGGCUUAA